GUUCCUUCCUUCGUCCCCAAGGUCCAAACCGCGGGGUGCGGCUCGGCCCCUUCCUCCCCGUCCUUUUCUCGCGCACUCGGCACUCGGCACUCGCAUAGUCAUCGCAUCUUGGCUGCUCACCCCCCCGGCACCUGCAGAAUCCCCAUCCGCCUUCCACUUCCACCGAGGCGGAGGAUGGCCUCCGACGACAGCAGCUCCAGCCACCCCACGGAGAAGAAGGAGGAGGCCGCCACCGCCGCCGCCGGUGGAGCUGGCUUCGACGAUCUGGAGGACCCGCGCUUCCAGUGCUGCGUAUGCCUGGAGCUUCUCUAUAAACCAGUUGUUAUUGAGCAAGAGAGGAGCGUGGAUACCUUUUCUCCACAAAUCAUCGAGUUCUUAAACUCCAAGAACAAUAAUGGUGAAAAUGGAAAAGAUUGGGGCAACAAGCUUGAAGAUGGCAAAACUGGACCUCCAGGAGAAGUCUCAGUUGAUGACAGUACUAUGAACGAACAUUCAAUGAAAAUAAAGUUAGAUGAUGUGUCUUGUCCUAUCUGCAAGGAGCUGCUGUAUCAACCUACUGUUCUUAACUGUGGUCAUGUGUAUUGCAUAUCUUGUUUGCCUUCCGUGGGUGAUGAAGCAUUGAAAUGUCAAGUCUGUGGAGGUCUUCAUCCUGGAGAUUUUCCUAAUGUUUGUUUAGAUCUUGACCACUUUCUGGAAGAAUAUUUUCCAGCAGAAUAUGAAUCAAGACGCAAGAAACUUCAGCUUGAGAAUAGCCAAUGCAAUCCUGAAGGAUCAUCUUCAAGUACUUCAUGCAAGAAGGGAGCUUUUGUACAGAAGACUCUAGACUUAUCAAAUGUUCACAUUGGAGUUGGAUGUGACUCAUGCGGGGUCUAUCCGAUACGAGGCAAGCGAUACAAAUGCAAGGAUUGCACAGAGGCAAUUGGAUUCGACCUUUGCGGGGAAUGCUACGACAGCACUUCAAAGCUCCCAGGCCGCUUUAAUCAGCAGCACACACCUGACCACAGGAUGGAACUCGAUAAUUCAUCACUGUUUGACGCGUUCCUGAGAUUCCAAGGGAUACCCGCGGAGGGUCUGCAGCAGCUGGUACAACAAAUGGAGCUCAUUGGUGCUGGUGGCAUGGUGCAGUUAGUGGCUGAUGAUGAAGAGAUGGAGGACAAUCAUGAGGAUGCUUAGUUGCUGUAGGAACCAAGCAAGCAUUUCUAGCAGAGCUGAUUUGAGGAGCGAGCCUUGAAAUAUUGUGGUGAUCGGAUUAAAUGAAUGUAGCGUGCUACAUUGUCCUUGAUUCCUUUUGGGUCCGAAGGUCAAUUAGUCUUGUUUAUGCUUU